AUGACCGAAGUCGCUAAAAAUACCACGUCAGGGGCUCGGUCGUACCUAAAAUCAGUACACGAGAUUUCUGAGCCAGAGCAAGUUGAACUUGCCAUCCGCAAAUGCUUCCAGGAAUCCCAGCUGUCCGUGUCCUCUCAUGGGAAGCAGAUUGCCAUUCUUAAAGCCCUCCAGCUGAAAUGUCGCGAACAGAAGCUGCAGUCAAAGUUCAACGAGCUAUUUUGCAAGCUGGUUAACAAGAUUCUUCCAAUCAAACGCAACGAGCCUGUGGGUGACCGUAUAGUCAAGUUUAUUUCAUCAUUUGUGAGCUCGAUCAACCCUGAAUCGGAGGACGAUAAUGCCAAGGUGGACCAGCAGGACGAGAGAAUGUACAACAAGUUCAUAGACAGACUUGCUCGUCAUCUGUUAAAUGGCUUGGAAGCUAGUAAUAAGAACGUUCGAUACAGAGCGUGUCACAUCCUCUCACAUCUAAUGAACAAUAUGACCUCGAUUGACAGCGAUCUGUACGAAGCCCUGAGCGAGGGGCUGCUUGCCAGAAUAUAUGACAAGGAACCGCAUAUUCGAAUCAAGGCCAUCACAACUCUGGCAAGCUUCCAGGAGCCAGAUGGAAGUCAUGAGCUGAGCAACGCAGCAAUGAAAAUCCGCUAUGUGAUGCAAAAUGACACAAAUCCAGAGGUCAGGCGAGCAUGUUUGCGCCAGAUCGAGAAAACCAAGCAUACCGAGCCGUACAUAUUUGAAAGGGCAAGAGAUACAAACUCCGUCAACAGAAGAUUGCUGUACUCUAAAGUGCUGCCUGACUUUAAAGAUUUCAGACGUAUAGACUACAAGGCUCGAGAACAGUUGCUCAAAUGGGGUUUGAAAGAUCGAGAAGAGUCCGUCAAGAAGGCCGCAAUCAAGUGGCUUACGGAAAAUUGGAUGCAAACUCUAAACAACGAUGUGAUGGAGCUGCUUGAACGUCUGAAAGUUACUAAAAGCGAUAUUGCGGAAACCGCUGUCCGUAUUUUCCUAGAUAAUAGGCAGGAUGUUGUGGCCAAGAUAACUUUUGACGAGCAGAUCAUGCGCACAUUGACACCAGAGACUUCUCUUUUGCUAAGGGUUUACUAUCAGCAUUGCAAUGAUACGAACAAGAUCACGCAGAUCGAAAAGUACUUUCCGGAAGCCGCUCAGUUUGCCAAUAUAUUGAGUGGCUAUUUUGCAAAACGGAAAGAUAUCCUGAUUGUUUUGACGCAACGAAAACCAAUAUUAGAGGCAGAGAGCUCGAUUGACAUGACAGAGCUCGAAGAGCUGGACUUCAUCUUGCAACAAUUGCUAAUUGUGGCUUCUGAGUAUGACUAUAGCGAUGAGUUCGGACGAAGCAGAAUGUUAAACACCCUAAGAUCCGUGCUCACGAGUGACCAUUUGUCAGACACCUUGAUUGAGGUCCUCAUGCUUUGUAUACAUAAACUGUCCAUCAGCGAGCGCGAUUUCACACAAAUGAUUGUGGAGAUUAUUAAUGACCUCAAAGACUCCGCUUACGAAAAACACAACUCGCUAGAGGAAGGCAUUGCGGGAGAGAGUUCCCGGGUGGAAGACAAUCUGGAUGACAACGAUGAUGAUGACGAAGACGACGAUGAAAAUAGUUUCCAUUCUGCAAGAGAUCUGUCCAGAUCAUCGAUUGCGAGCGCCAAUAGAUCGAUGCAACAAGAACUGAAACAGGUCGCAGAACUGAGUCCCGAAAACUUGGUUGAAUGUCUCUCCAUUGCUCGCCGAAUGCUUGAGCUUGUGAACGAGCCUUUGAGGGACAACAUCACUUUGAUGUCCAUUCUCGAUAGUCUGAUUCGGCCUUCUAUUCGUCGAUCUGAGACCGAAAUCAGAAAACUGGGUCUUAUAUGCUUAGGCCUCUGCUGUAUUCUUGACAAAGAAUUGGCUGCUGACAGCAUCUUCAUUUGUGCGAUUUUCGUCACGAAAAGCAAUGAGGAGUCGCUUGUUGUCACCGGUAUCAAGGUCAUUUCUGAUUUGCUCGCGGUUCAUGGAAUUUCUGUUUUAGAAGCAGAAACUGCAAACAGCGUGGAUGCCAUUGCGAUAGCGCGGCUGUUCUACCGUACUUUGAGAGACACCAGCCGCAAAGAGGCCCAAGCCACUUCAGGGGAGGCCCUGUACAAGCUGUUUUUGUGUGGAGUUAUCACUGAUGACGAACUAUUUGAAACUACACUGCUGUCUUAUUUCAACCCUGCAAUCAACGACAAUGAGCAGCUGAAACAGUGUUUUUCGUUCUGUAUCCCUGUCUAUGCUUUCUCUCACGAAUCGCAUCAGGAGAGAAUUGCUCGUGUCACUUGCGACACAUUAUUCAGAUUAUUCAGUGGCUGGGACGAGAUGACACAAGCCGAUGGCACUUCCUCAAUAACACCGCAAUCCAUUGUUCAGCAACUGAUGUACUGGACCGAUCCUUACCGAGUUGUCAACAAGGCUCCUGGUGAAGCUGCCAGCAGCUCGGUCCAAGUCGAAAUGGGGCUCCAACUUCUGUCUUUGCUGGAAAAACUAGAGUACUCCGGAGCAACCAGGCCAUUUUUCAAGGCUAUAAUGACCUCGCUUCCACGGCUCACAUUUACGGAACAAUGCGAUCUUGCGAAGCUGGAACAGCUAUACACUUGUAUGGAGCAGCUAGAAGGCGUGUUGGAAAAGCCUUUGAAGGAUCAAACAUCUAGGAACGCGUACAACAGAUUCAAGGAAUAUGUACUCGAGUGUUUAGAAAAAGCAGGUGGACAAGCCGAGAAAAACGAUGAACAAAACAGGGAACAGCAGAAUAAGGAAAUUGAGGCAGAGGAAAAAGAGGAAGAAAAAAUUGAGGAGCCAGCUUUCGAAAUACCAGCUGGUUCUGCGAAAGAACUUUCUGAGGAGCCAGCUCUGGAACCGGUCACAGACUCCGUUUCUGAGCAGAAGCGCCCUGCAUCACGCGAAGUAUCUACUCUUGAAACGCAGGAAGAAGCAAAGAAAUUUUCAAAGCCCAAUUCGAGAAAAUCUGCCAAGAAAACAAAAAAAGUCAGAGCUGCAUCUCCUCCAGAUGAGGGGACAGAGCCUAAGAAGAAGGCUGGCGACUCAGAAAUCAAAAAACCUAGGCACAAGAAGCGUGUGAAGAGUGAGGAUGGAGGACUGAUAGGCAAGAAAGUCAAAGCGGCAUCGAGCAAGUCAAAACAGACGAAGAAAAAAAAGAGAAGCCACUCGUUUUCAGAUUCGGAGGAUGAAAAGCCAGCGGCCACACUCCCAGUGAAAGAAGAAAGCGAGGAUGAAGUGGGGGACACGUCAGCAAUUGUUCUCGUUUCGGACGAGGAUUGA